AUGUCCUCUCCUGCCCCACCUCCACCGCCUCUUCCUCCGCAUGGGACGCCCACCUCUGGUCGCUGCAACAGAUCAACAAGUUAUGUCGACUGUUCGCCCUCCUUGUCAAAGUCUCGGUCGUCCUCGUCGUCGUCGAUCACCGCGGUGAGCAGCAGCGGCGGCGGAGAAGGCAAGGCACUCGAGAGGUCCAAGACGUGGGAACGACGCGACCCUCUACGUGACAUCACCAACACGUACUAUGACGUCCCUUUUGAGCUUAUGACAACUGAAUCGAGACGCGAUGGAAGGCUUCAUGUGAGCGUUGCGGUACAUCUACCCGAAGUAAAGCCGAUUCGCGUCAAGUACGAAAGGUCGAAUCGCGAGUGCUACGCGUUUACGAGCGCGCCCACACCCACACGAUUCAGCCACUGGUGACCGCGCGCGUCAUGGAUCGCCGGCGAUCAUUGCUCGCUACAAUACCUGAUGGGGUUCAUCACUUGGGACGGAAUCAUUUCGAAACUUGCACGAACAUCCUUCACUGUUGUGUAUAGCGCAUUUACUACCGAGCUGGAAGGCUGACACGCCGCGUGGCUCGGGCACGUCCUGUCUCUGCCCCCCACUUGUGCAUUUCGCAGCGCGUCCCGACCCCGUCCAGGGUCGACCCCCUCUUGACGCCGAGCACAUCCCUCGCCGACGCGGCAUUACCAUCCCCAUUCUCGUCCCUAGGCCGGCCAUUACGGUCGACGCGCUGGCUGCGAAGAUCGGUGACGCUCGGCGCAACCCCUAGUACCGCGUUCACGUCGUCAUCCUUCUCGAGCCCCGUCACCCCAACCUCCACCGGCCUUCCGCCCCGGCCUACCCCACCGAGCGCAUCCGAUGAGGCUUUACCAUCAUCACCAACACGACUCGUUCGGUCAUCAUCAAGACGAAGAUCGCAUCCACCGGACGAAGCAUCGUCAAGAUUCGAACUGCGAUCGAUGAGUCGACAGGGGACGAGUCCCAGCGCGUCGAGAUCCGGCGGACCGGUAAUCGAGCCCCUAUCGGAGGAACCGGACUCCGCCGAUCUGAACGAGAAUGAGGCUUUCCCCACCGCCCCUUCGUUGCGACGUACCGCGUCGAGCUCGUCCGUCGCUUCCGCCUCUUCGACGAUGACAUUAUCCGACACAUCCAGCUUGUCGUCUUCGUUAUCGGCGCGUCGAUUGAGGAGAAGAACAUCACAAAGCGAAAGUGAGAAUAGGGGUCGGUUCCGGUGA